AUGAAACUUCUUGCCCUGCACGAAAUCGAGCACAGCCACGGUACUGUGCAGUUGAUAUCAGAUGGACAGCAGCUCCAGCACAAGAAAGGCACUUCCAUCGUGCUUGUGCCUCAGCCAACUGGCGACGACCCCAAUGACCCUUUGAAUUGGCCUUUCGAGAAACGUGUUGCAGCAUACUGGUCUGUCCUCUGGUUGUCGGCCUUGUGCCAUUUUUGUAUCACUGGUCUGGCGCCAGGCUUUGGACAGCUUAUCGAAGAGUUCGAGAUCAGUCUCACUGGCUCCAUUCGCGACCCGGUACGGCAAACGACCUCUCUGGCUUAUCUGUGGCCUCUUCUUCUUGGCGGGACUAGCGAGCCUCUGAGUGUCGGAACUUUGCACGAUAUCUUGUUCCUGCAUGAGCGAGGCACACAAUCAGGCGUCCAGGCCAUUUGGUUGAGUCUCGGGAGCUCUCUCGCGCCACCUAUCUGCGGCUUCUUGAUCCAGGAUAGGGGAUGGCGUUUGUAUCAUCGGCUUGUCUCGAUCAUGGCGGGUGCCGAUCUCAUCCUCCGUUUCUUCCUCGUACCAGAUACUCAAUACAAGCGAGAUUUGAACUCGGCGCUCGAUGCCGCCGGUGUUGAGGAGAACGACGAUAUGGCGGAUGGUCAAACCGAGUCGCAUUGCGAGAUGGUGGAGUCGAAGACGGGGAGCCAAGCAAUAGAGAGACUGGAGCCCCAGAGAUCAGCCGUCCCGGGAAUCAAGCCAAAGAAGGCAUACCUGGAAGGACUAAAGCCAUGGUCACAAGUCCACAAGGAUGUGAAUCUGCUUGGGUCUUUCAUCCGCCCAUGGGCAACUUGGUGCUAUGCCAGCGUUGUUUGGUCGGUGUUGUCCUUUUCUAUUCACGUCACAUGUGUGGUGGUGUUGAUCAAUCUCAACCCUGUGUAUCUCGGAGCUCUCCCUUAUAAUUUCAGCACUAGCCAGCAAGGUUUGGUAUUCUUGAGUCCCUGCCUUGGGAACCUCUUUGGAUCAUUCUUCUGUGGAUACGUCAAUGACAAGCUGAGCCAGUGGUCAACUCGACGCAAUGGAGGUGUCUUUGAGCCAGAAAUGCGCCUGCCAGUGGUGGCGAUUCCGGUGCUUUUGGUUCCAGCCGGCCUGCUCAUGUUUGGAAUUGGUGUCGCCCAUGAAACUCAUUGGAUUGUCCCGGUGAUUGGCGCUGGGCUCGUUGGUGUUGCAUUGACAGGAAUCGGAUCAGUCAUACAGCCAUAUCUGAUGGAUAGUUAUGCUCCGAUUAUCUUCGACUGCCGGGUAACUUUCAACGGCUUCAAAAAUCUCGUCUCAUUUGCUGUCGGCUUUGCGGUAGUCCCGUGGCUCGAGCUGGAUGGUGUGGUGGCGGUGUUCGUUAUUCUCGCUGUCCUUGUCGUGGUCAUCGAUGCCUCCGCAUUGCGGAUAUACCUCUUUGGGAAGAAGCUGAGGCAGCGAGACACUCGAUUGAGGAUCUUUUUAUUCUUAAAUGAGGCAUUCCCCGGGCGGUGUAAUGCGUGUUCCGGCAACUUCUGUACUCCAACCGAGGAACCAGCUCUGGGGAAAAUGUCAAGUUACCUUGAGAUCGAGGCUGCUGUUUUUUGUUGA